AUGGGAGAUGAGACACAUGACAGAUUCGACUUGAAGGCCAUUAUUGUGGAGACCUUUUGCUUGGCGGGGGCUUUCAAUCUAGCAGAUUAUGUUCCUUACCUUGGGGCACUAGAUCUACAGGGAUUGACACGGCGAAUGAAGAAGGUUAGGAGGGCUCUAGAUAUAGUCUUAGAGAAUAUCAUCAAGGAGCAUGAAAACAUUCCAAGUGGUCAACAAGAUCGUCAAAUGGACUUUAUAGACACGUUAAUUUCUUUGAUGAACCAACCCAUGAAUCCCCAUGAUGAGCAUGCAUACAUAUUGGAUCGAACAAAAAUAAAGGCCAUCACAGUAGACAUGAUUUCAGGUGCAUAUGACACUUCAGCUGCUACAAUUGAGUGGACCUUUUCUGAACUCUUGAGGCAUCCACAGGUGGUAAAACAAGUACAAGCAGAGCUGGAAGGUGUAGUAGGGAUGAAUAGGAUGGUGGAGGAGACAGAUUUGGAAAAUUUAACAUACUUGGAUAUGGUAGUGAAGGAAAGUUUAAGACUACAUCCUAUUGGACCAUUACUAGUCCCACAUGAAUCCAUGGAGGACAUUGAAUUAAAUGGAUAUUAUGUCCCCAAGAAAUCACGCAUAAUAAUAAAUUUUUGGGCUAUUGGACGAGAUCCUUAUGUGUGGUCUAAUAAUGUUGAAGAAUUUUAUCCUGAAAGAUUCAUAAAUAGUAAUAUAGACCUCAAGGGAUGUGACUUCCAACUUAUCCCAUUUGGGUCCGGUCGAAGAGGGUGCCCUGGAAUACAUCUAGGUCUUACAACUAUCAAAUAUGUUCUAGCUCAAUUAUUGCAUUGCUUUCACUGGGACCUUCCAAGUGGCAUGUUGCCUAAUGACUUGGACAUGACUGAGAAGUUUGGGCUAUCAAUGCGGAGAGCCAAGCACUUGUAUGCUGUGCCAACUUAUCGCCUACUCAAUUAAAUAUGUAAUCCAAUUGCAAUAUAAUAAUCUUCGAAAAAAAAAAUUUACUUAUUAGAAGAAGUGUGCUCCUAGCAUUCAAGUUUAUGCUCGACCACUAAAUGUAAGGCCAAGAUUUUUAUUCUCA